GUAUAAAUACUAAAACCCUUACAAACUCACUCGGUCGCUGCAAAAUUUCCCGGAAAAUUUUAACAUCUGCCAUGAAAAAUCAACGCUCUUAACACAAUUUCAUCCCCAAUUCCCACAAAUACAGACGUAGAAUUCCCUUUCACUUUCCCCAUCCUCUCCCAAAAUGGCUGCCACUCUCGGAUCGUCAUCAUCAGAUCUACUUUCAAGCCUCACUCUCAAAUCUUUCAAGCUGAAAACCAAGCAGCAAGAGCUCCUGAUCCGCGUCUCCAUCCUCUGUUUAGUCUACAUUCUCGCCUUCAUCACUCGUCUCUUUAGUGUCCUCCGUUAUGAGUCCAUGAUCCACGAAUUCGACCCUUAUUUCAACUACAGAACCACUCUCUACUUGACCGAGAAGGGCUUCUACGAAUUCUGGAAUUGGUUCGACUCCGAAUCGUGGUACCCACUUGGCCGAAUCAUCGGUGGGACCCUCUACCCGGGUCUCAUGGUCACGGCCGCCAUAAUUUACUGGGCUCUCCGGUUCCUACGGUUCGCCGUACACAUCCGUGAAGUCUGUGUUUUAACGGCGCCGUUUUUUGCUUCCAAUACGACCCUUGUUGCGUAUUUUUUCGGUAAAGAGAUCUGGGAUUCGGGGGCGGGCCUUGUGGCAGCUGCGUUAAUCGCUAUAUGUCCUGGUUAUAUUUCGAGAUCGGUGGCGGGAUCUUAUGACAACGAAGGGGUGGCGAUAUUCGCCCUGUUGCUGACGUUUUAUUUGUUUGUGAAGGCGGUGAAUACGGGGUCGUUGGCGUGGAGUUUGGCGUCGGCAUUUGGGUAUUUUUACAUGGUUUCAGCGUGGGGUGGUUAUGUUUUUAUUAUUAAUUUGAUCCCGCUUUAUGUGCUGGUGCUUCUGAUUACUGGGAGGUAUUCAAUGAGGCUUUAUGUUGCUUAUAAUUGUAUGUAUGUUUUGGGAAUGUUACUGGCUAUGCAAAUUCGGUUUGUUGGGUUUCAGCACGUGCAGUCUGGGGAACAUAUGGCUGCCAUGGGCGUGUUCUUCUUGAUUCAGGUGUUUUACCUCUUAGAUUGGGUUAAGUACAUGUUAAGUGACACAAAGCUGUUUGAAGCCUUUUUGAGGAUUACUGUGGGCACUGCAGCAGGUGUUGGUGCAGUUGCCCUGGGAGUUGGUAUGGCAUCUGGGUAUAUUUCUCCAUGGACAGGCCGAUUUUAUUCCUUGCUGGAUCCAACAUAUGCUAAGGAUCACAUACCAAUUAUUGCGUCUGUCUCUGAGCAUCAGCCAACAGCAUGGUCAUCUUUCAUGUUUGAUUUUCAUAUCCUGCUUUUCCUUUUCCCAGCUGGUCUCUAUUUCUGCUUCAAAAGGUUGUCAGAUGCCACUAUAUUUAUUGUUAUGUAUGGUCUCACGAGCAUGUAUUUUGCUGGUGUUAUGGUUCGGUUGAUUCUUGUUGCCACCCCUGCUGUAUGCCUAAUCAGUGCUAUUGCUGUUUCUGCCACCAUAAAGAAUUUGACUAUGGUGUUAAGGUCAAAAAGCAAGACUCCUGCUACUGGUUCCAGCAAAGGAGCUAGUGGUUCAAAGGCCUCCUCAAGGGCUUUACCUGAUCAAUCCCAGCCAUUCCAAAAAAAUGGUGCUAUUGCAUUGCUUCUUGGUGCUUUUUACCUGCUCAGUAAGUAUGCCACUCACUGUACCUGGGUCACAUCAGAGGCUUACUCAUCUCCCUCGAUUGUCUUGGCUGCAAGGGGUGCCCAUGGCAAUAGAGUCAUCUUUGAUGAUUACCGUGAGGCUUACUUUUGGCUUCGGCAAAAUACUCCUCCUGAUGCUAAAGUGAUGUCCUGGUGGGAUUAUGGGUACCAAAUCACAGCCAUGGGAAACAGAACUGUCAUUGUUGAUAAUAAUACCUGGAACAAUACUCACAUUGCCACCGUUGGACGUGCAAUGUCUUCUUAUGAGGAUGAGGCUUAUGAGAUAAUGAAAUCACUUGAUGUGGAUUAUGUGUUAGUUGUUUUUGGAGGUGUCACAGGUUACUCAUCCGAUGAUAUAAACAAAUUUUUGUGGAUGGUUAGAAUUGGAGGGGGAGUAUUCCCUGUGAUCAAGGAACCUGAUUACCUUGUUAAUGGGGAGUAUCGUGUUGACAAAGGUGCUGCGCCCAAGAUGUUGAAUUGCCUCAUGUACAAGCUUUCCUACUAUCGUUUUGGAGAGCUGGUAACAGAAUAUGGCAAACCACCUGGGUAUGAUCGAGCCAGGGGGGUUGAAAUCGGAAAUAAAGAUAUCAAACUUGAAUAUUUGGAAGAGGCAUUCACAACGUCUAACUGGAUAAUUCGUAUUUACAAGGUCAAGCCACCUAGUAAUAGGUGGUGAGAAUUGCUGCAGACGGAGUAGUAAUUUGGUUAAAGAAACUGCUUGAGCUUGAGUCUUGCAAUUAUAGUGUUAGUGAUAGAAAUCCAUAUUUUGCUUAGAGAUUGAGUUUCUAACAUUGAAGGCUCUGAAAUUUUCUUGAACCCCUUUCUUUUUUCAAGAUUCCAUUAAACUCCUCUCAACGGCAACUAUACAAGCUAUUUAUUCCUUCCCGAUAUGGUUAAAAGGUUGUUUAGGUCCUCAUGACUGCUAGGCUAAUGUAAUUGAUUGGCUUGGUGCAAUCUGUAGUUUUGUUUCAGUGUUUCAGUUAAUGCUAUCUAGUUCCAACA